CCCAUGUUAAUGAGCAAGCUUUCCAAAAUGAAAUACAAGCAUUAACUGAAAUUUGUCAUCGAAAUAUCGUGAGGUUUUAUGGCUUUUGCUCCACUAAUAGAUUCAGCUUUCUUGCAUAUGAGUAUAUGGAGAGAGGAACCUUGGGUGCCACUUUGAGAUCUGAAGAGAGGGCAAUGGACCUAGAUUGGAUCAAGAGAGUUAGCAUUAUACAAGACAUUGCUCAAGCUUUAUCUUAUUUGCAUCAUGAUUGUGCUCCACCUAUCAUUCAUCGAGACAUUACGAGCAACAACAUUCUUCUCGAUGAGGAGUACAAGGCUUGUGUUUCAGACUUUGGUAUUUCAAGAUUGCUAAAACCUAACUCAUCACAUUGGAGUUUACUUGCAGGCACCUAUGGGUACAUGGCACCAGAGCUUGCCUAUGUAAUGGAAGUGACUGAAAAAUGUGAGGUAUAUAGUUUUGGGAUUGUAGCACUUGAAGUGAUACAUGGGACACAUCCUGGUGAUCUCCUAAGCAACUUUUCAUCGAGUAUGUUAGUGAAAGAUAUCCUUGAUCCCCGUCUUCCACUUCAUAUAGCUGAUCAAGUGAUCACAAACCAAGUGCUUUCAGUGAUUUUAGUAGCAAUGCAGUGCAUUAACAAUGAUCCACAGGCUCGCCCUACAAUGCAACAAGUAUCUCAAAUGUUGUCUUCUCCAAAGUCUUUGCCAGCAUCUAACAACUAUUCUUUUCAAGCACUUACACUUGAUCACCUCAUAAACAUUGUACAAGUGCAUAUUGAUGAUCAAGCGCAUGAAUAACGGGAACUUAGCUCAUAUUACUAAGCGUCCCAAACAUGGAUGUUGAAUAUCUGUGCUUCACCUUUACUGGCUUUACCAAUAGAAAGGCACAAUCCUAGUUACUCAAGGGAGGGUGAUCUGACCCUGAGUUUUCAAAGUAGUCAACUUUUGUGUUUGUUUGUCUUAGUUUGUGAUGUUGUAAUGAACUCUCCUUUUUAUCUCCAUUAUCUUGUUCUGCUGUAAUUAACUCCCUUUUUAAUUUAAUAAAGCGGUUGUUCUAU